AUGGCGAAUAUAGACAAUGGAGAUCGUGGAGAUACAAAUGGCAUGGUUUCCAACAGUACUCCCGAUAUAGUGGUAUCGUCGUCAUCCUCGAGGCGAUCUGCAUACUUGGGAAACCCCCAAACAUCAGCUCAAUACAUACAACAGUUACAGGAACAGCUGAAGGACAAGAUAAAACAAACACAACUAACCGCUGCGUUAGGUCAAGACUUACUAGUGCAACAGGAGGCAAUCAGAAAAAGAAUAGAAGAACUCGAGCAAAUCGAAGGAGAUGUGCCGCCCGAAUUAAAAAGCAAAUUAAACGAGCUAGAAGAAGCUGCAAAGGCUUUGGACGCUAGAACCCAAAAUUUGGAAGGCGCUUCCACGAGCGCAACAAACGUUGGUCACGCUCCCUUAACGUCCACACCACCAGCCUCAGAAGCUUCUGCUUUAUCCCAGCAAGCGGCAAACCCAUCGAGAAAUAGGAGACAGAGGAAUGCGAACCGAAAUCAUGAUAUGGAAUUCGCUACCUCGAUAGGACAAAAGGCGCUUAAGAGCGAAAACUAUUCAUUGUAUGGAGAAAUACAGUCCUUAGAAGGUCAAAUCAAAGAAUUGAAUGAUAACAUCGACAAGUUGCAAAAAGAUCUCAAAAAGGGAGAGAAGGCCCUUGCAAGCGCUACUGACUUAAUAGAGCAAUUAAAAGCCAAAGAGGCUAAACUUACUAAUCAAUUAGACGAUUAUAAGAAACGCCACGAUGAAGCUAUGAGUAAUAACCGUAAACUUAGAGCUGCCAUGAAGCGAGAAAUUGAGAGUCUCGAGAGAGUAAACGAGGAACUGAGAAAGGAACUAGACAAGUAUAAAGUACCCAAAAAACCGUCAGCAUCUGCUGCUUCUGGAACUGAAGCAACCGAUGCCCAGUCUCCCGGGCAUACCGUAGAAUUCGUAAAAGAGACCGUAGAGAUAAGAGACACGACAAUGGAAGCUCUUCAGAAUGCUCAGAAGAUGAUAGCACAGAUGAAGAUAACUCUCCAAAAGGAAAAGAACGAGAAACUUGAGAUUAAGGAACUUCUCCAAGCCAGGGAGGAGGAAAUCGAGUCGUUACGCAAUAAUCUCGACUUUGGCCACGAUCCAGCAAGCCGAAACCGACGACGGGAUAAAGCUGCUGAAGAGGACGAUGUGCUUAGUGAUGAUGUAAUGUCUCACGAUGGUUAUGACGAUGAAAAUAUUAAUAAGAAUAAUAGACCUUCGUCUGAUAUGUUCAGACGCGGUCCGCCCAUAACAAGAAAUGGAAGUAAUCGCUCAUUCCGGAGGACCAAGCUAUUGCUCGACGGGCAAGUGGAGGAGCAAGACGAAGAAGAUAUGCUCGCUAUGGAACGUGAUGAGUUGAUCACCGGCGAAGUAAUCAAGCGUGAUGCUGACGGAAAUGUAAUACCUCAAUCUACCGAAUCGUACGAAGGAUUGGACCCUAACGAAGUACAAGCCGAAAGAGCUGCUGCACUAUCGCUUUUGACCAAGGGCAAGUCGCCAACCGAACAACUUGCCAAUUCCGAGGCGAGACACGACCGCCAAUCGUCUGUUGGUAGUUUUGACUCAACUGCUGAAUCGUUUGCAUCUGCCAAGGAAUCGAACGCAGCGUCGGUAUCUCGACGAGGGUCGGCCAUGUCUCUUCGAAGAGAAUCCGCAUUUAUUCCAUCACGUGGUUCUAAGGCUGUAUCAGCAGUUGGAGGUUCAAAGAGAGGUGCUGAUGAAGUCAAGACGUUUGCUGACGCCGAGACGCAGACCGAUCUGGCGAAAUUGGAGAUUGGCACUCAGACUAUUGAUUCUCUUGAUUAUCCGAUGUACGAUGAGACCAGAUUUACACUGGAUCUUAGUUCGAAAGCUAAUGCUCGAGGAAAGGGUUCCAUUAAUUCAACUGAUGUUCCACCUCGCCCGCCGUUCGGUCCACCCGAAGAGACGUUAAGACGUGCUAAUUCCGUGUUUCUUAGUAGACCUACUUCUCCACUCUCACGUAACAGUACGGUGAGUAUGGAUAAAGAUGGCAAUCUAAUUAUUUCUAAUGGAAUGACAUCUGAUGGUGUACCACAAUAUAAAUCGGUACCACCAAUACAGAGCCUUGCUGCACAGGGAUCACGAUCUGUUCCUGGUGCCGAAGAGAUCACUCCGAAAGUCGACGGCCGACCCAUGUCUCCGGAUCAUAAACAUUCUCCUAGUUCAGUGUCCACUAGUAGCACUGACUCUACAGCCACUGAAAAAUCUCGGCCACUCUCUGGGUCAUCGGUAGCUGAUUUGACAACGGGCACGGAAAAUAUGUUCCGUUCUGGCACAGAUCCGACCGUCAUUCAAUUCAUAACACAGACGAUGAUUGGAGAAUUUAUGCACAAAUAUACUCGUCGUAAGUUUGGAACUCCGGCGAAAAGAAAUCGACGGUUCUUCUGGGUACAUCCAUUCACAAAGAUAUUGUAUUGGAGUGACAAAGAUCCAGGCGGCCGCGAUGGUGAUUCUAAAGUACAAGUUCAAGCUGCCUAUAUCGCCGGAGUAAGACAAGAGAAUGAUUCUAAUCCAUUCCCACGCGAUCUUUACGGUAAAAGUAUAGUCGUAAUGACUCGCGGUGGACGAGAGGUCAAGUUCACUGCAAAAGACAAAGAACGUCAUGAUCUUUGGUACCAGGCUCUUCAUCAUCUCGUCAAUGAUGCAGCAGACACAGGCAUGAGAUCUCGAGCAGGAUCGGAUGAAUUGCAUUUAGACAACGAGACUACUUCACCCAAUGGCACGUUGCGAUCAAAUAAUUUACAAAGAGAGAUAAAAAAGAAGUCUAGCUUUAGUCAGAUUAAAGAUUUCUUGCGUCGCGACAGACAAUCUGGCACACAGUCUCCUCACCACCUAUCACAUGAAGCAGAUCUUAAUAAACAGCCACCUAUGGGAGCAACAAGCAGAGACGUUCCA